CGACUGCAACCUUUCUCUUACGUCCGCCAUGUUCAUCAUCAACUGGUUCUGGGACGUUCUUGCGCAGCUCGGUCUGCUACACAAGAACGCAAAGAUUCUGUUCCUCGGGCUCGACAAUGCAGGCAAAACGACACUGCUGCACAUGCUGAAGAACGACCGACUGGCCACGCUUCAGCCGACACUCCACCCCACAUCGGAGGAGCUUGCUAUUGGCAACAUCAAAUUCACGACCUAUGACUUGGGUGGUCACCAGCAAGCCCGACGACUUUGGAAGGACUACUUCCCGGAGGUCGACGCCAUCGUCUUCCUCGUCGACAGCGUCGACAUUGAACGUCUCGCUGAGUCCAAAGCAGAGCUCGACUCGCUGCUGUCCAUCGAGGAGCUCGCGAAGGUUCCGUUCCUCAUCCUCGGCAACAAGAUUGACGCGCCGGGUGCCGUCUCCGAGGACGAGCUCAGGCAUCAUCUUGGUCUCUACCAGACCACCGGCAAGGGCAAGGUCCCCCUUAACGACAUUCGCCCAAUUGAGAUCUUCAUGUGCUCAGUCGUCCAGAGGCAGGGAUACGGCGAUGGUUUCCGCUGGGUGUCGCAAUAUAUCUGAGCGUGCCAUGCGUCAACCAGGCUGGAUAGGAUUUGGUAGAAUACUUUUAGGCGCUAUACACUCUUGUUAUCCUACUCUUGUUCCGCGUUUUGCUCAAUUAUACGGUCUCUCGUUUC